CUGGUUACGCUGGUACAAAAACAGGAAUUUCUACAAAAACCCAGAAAAACAGGAAUUCCAAGUGGAAACAUUGUUUGUUUGAUCGAUGGAGAUUCGAACGAAAAUGGAAGGCGAGACUGUAUUUCUGCAAGCGUGUAGUACACCUUUACCAGAAGAUGAGGACGAAAUCUCGGACAGCGACGAAAACGAAGACGUAGAAUCUGAUGUAGAAGACUAUCUAGUGUACGAUGAAGUUUCACAAGUGUGUGUUAUUUGCGAUAUCGUCUUGCAAAGCCCCUCGCACGGGCCGCUCUGCAAGCGGUGUCACCAAUUCAUGUAUCCAGAAUACACGAUUUUACAAAAGGAAUUCGACGACAUCAGGGUCAAAUCUAAGGACAAGGAGAAAUAUAUUCCGUACAAUAGAGACCAAUGUCCGACGUAUCCUAAAUACAGGCCGCGGCAUCGCUGUGGUAAAGACGGGACGCUCAAAAAUGAAAUUGUCAACAAAGGCCAGACCUCGAGCGCCGAGCAAGUGAAACUACCAACAAUUUUAUGUUUCUCCGACUCCGAAUCGGAGGACGAAGAUAAUGAGCUACUAGGGCUUGCCCAGCUUGCUAUUUAUGAUAAAGACAUAAUUCAGUUUAAUGCGACGUGUUUGAAGGAUACUGAAUCGACCAUUAGAGAUGAUUUUGUGGAGAAAAUGCCUACAGAAAGUACGUGUUGACAUGUGUAUAGUGUGACAUCCCCCCCGUUUAGGAAUGUAUUCAUCCAUAUUCAAUGUAUUGAUUAUUUACACAGUGGAUCGAAUAUCUGUCGAGGCACGUGAGCGACUAUGCAUGCAAAAAUUUCACAUCUUGUAGCAAGUCUGCCAACAAGUUGUGUUUGCCCUUCUUGUCCCAAGUUGUCAACAAGUAUAAAACAACUUGUUGACAACCUUUGUGUGUGUUGGUGUUGUGUACUCAGGUGAAUAUGAUGUUUGUGAUGUUACUCUGAGUGUAUAUCCACACCAGGCAAGCUGAAAAGUUAGCUUGGCCACGGUGGGAAUCGAACCCGCAAAUGGAACCCGAAGGUGGGAAUCGAACCCAAACGUCGCGGGUUCGAUUCCCACUGUGGCCAAGCUAACUUUUCAGCUUGCCCGGUGUGGAUGCAAACUCAGAGUAACAUCACAAACAUCAUUGUAACAACCUUGUUAAUGUUAUGAGACUUGUUACAAGGUUGUUCCAACAAGUCCAAUACAGUCAUGAUAUUGUUACAAACUUGUGUUGUAACAUUCUUGUUAUAUCAUGACUGUAUCAGACUUGUUGGAACAACCUUGUAACAAGUCUGAUAAUGCCAUAAGUGUGUUACAAGUUGUUAACAACUUGUUCCAAACUUGUUACAACAACUGGGAACAAGCAGUGCGAACACAACUUGUCGACAGCUUGUGAACAGUUUUGUAACAACUUGUUUGCAGACCUGUAACAACUUGUGCAUUCUCACAUGUGUAGCCAUUACUUGUCGACUACCAGCUCUGGGUAGUUGAUUCUGAUUGGUCAUAGUUAAACUCGGUAGAUUCUUAUUGGCUGAGUUCAAAGGUCAACAAAGUUCUAUACUUUUAAUAAAUGUAAACAAAUCGCUACCCUGGUUCCAGAGGCUCUUUGCGAGGCGAAAGAAACAAGAGGUGAGAACGGAGAGCCUCUGGUCACAUCGGUUGCAAAUCCAACUUCCACACUUGAUUAGGUUCAGAAUUUGAAUCUUGCAUGCAAUUGGUCAUUUGUAAAAAUAUAUGAAACCGGUUUGGGAAAUAAACAUUACUGUAAGCUAAUUAUAGCUAUUAUAGCUUCGCGAAGUGGGUUUGAACCCGGGAACUAAAACACAGCAGUCACAUGCCUAGUAUUCUGAGCUGCUGUUGAGCUCGCUGAAAUUCUUUGUAAAAAACACAUUUUUAAAGCAAUGCCUAUACUGUAAUUGUGUUUGGCCACCCUGUACAGAACAAAAUUAAUCAGGCAUUUGGUGGUCUUUCUUCGGCAAAUAGCCCAUUGCCAACUGGUAUGACCCACGCCGGAUCUUGAGUAUGUAUUUUUGAUGUUUUCUGUGUGUGAUAUUAUUCUGUUUAUAUAUAGUUUUACUUCACAUUUUCUCGUAUUUGGACGAGAUUGGAUUGUGCAAAGCAUCUCAAGUAUGUCAAAGAUGGAGAAUGCUUACUGAUGGCAUGGAAAACUGGAGUGUACUGUUUGAAAAGAGAUGGCCACUGUUUCGUCCUGUUGGGGUUGUAACAUGCUGGAGAGAUCUCUAUGUCAGAAUGUAAGUUAUAUGUAAUAGCAGAUGUUUCAAAAAAACUCAAAUAUCCAGCUUCGGCUGCAUUCACAGCUUAGGAGACAAGUCGAUAUUAUUUGGCUCAAUUUUGCUGCCAAGGUAAGAUGACAUGAUAUCAAAUCAUGACGCUUGCAAACUUUUCCUUUGAUAAGAUAGAUCACAGACAUGACUUACUGCAACUUGGCCAUUUGCAGUAGCCAAAAUGCUUUGACACAACAGAUAUGAAUUCAGAUUAUAUGUACUGUCAAAUUCAAUGUUGUGAUUAUUUGCAACCAACGAUUAUUCUUCGAAAAAUUGUCACAUUUCUUGUCAUACUGACUUUCCAGCCGGAGCUGGGUGAAAGCACGAAAAAAACCUGGCAGACCAAAAAAACAACGCCCGAGCUUUGGCAGACCAAAAAAAAAAAUGCCCAAGCUCCAGCAGAGCGUCUGCACUUGCACUCCGGCGCGCAGCACUAGGGUAAGCCGGAACAAUUGCUGUAGAUAUAUGCAAGCAUACAGGAUAUCAAGACCUUCAAUAUGUUCUUUUGAUAUUUAAUUUCUCAGGGUGGAAGCAUCAACAUGUGUGCCUUGUCUGGAAGAAGGAUUUGUGAAGGUAGGAAUUUAUUUUGACAGAUUCAUUUUUUUAUCCAGGGAAUUGUGCAGGUUUUGGCUACUUUGACUAGUGCUCCCGUUGGCUGUCAAAUAAAAAUUUUAAAACAUGCCCUUUCUUGCAAAAUGACAGUAGCUACUAGGUUCAUUCAAUAUUAUGUUUAAUUAAUCGUUGUUAAUUGAUUGUUGAUAUUAACUAUUCAAAUAAAUUCAUAUUUCAUAAUGAAAAUAAUGAAAAUUAAUCGUUCAUUAACAGCUUUCAUUUGACGAAACCUUCCUCAACCCAAAAUUGUCUGGCGUCAGACUGAGUAAAAUUGUCUGGCGUCAGACUGAGUAAAAUUGUCUGGCAUUAGAGUAAAACUGUCUGGCGUAAGACAGAGUAAAAUUGCCUGGUGUUAGACAGAAUAAAAUCGUCUGGCGUUAGGCAGAGUGAGAUGGUCUGCCGUUAGACAGAGUAAAAUUUACAAUAAAGUAGGGCUAAUGGGUUAAACAAAACUAAUAUAUUUUUUCAACCAAACAGAGAGUUGUACCAGACGAUGUCCCGAACUCGUGGCGAAACAAACGACUGCGCAGCGAGCUCAAGCAACUAUUGGUGGACCCGCCGGAGGGCAUCCGAGCAUGCCCAGUUGAUGACGAGUACUCGAACUGGCAAGCUUCGAUUGCAGGACCGCCUGACUCGGUCUAUGAAAACGGCAUAUUCUACCUCCACUUGGAACUGCCACGAUGCUAUCCCAUGAUGCCACCGAGAGUGAGAUUCCUCACACGAAUUCUACAUCCGAAUGUUAACAGGCAUGGGGAUAUUGGGAUCGAUUGCCUGCGAGAUAACUGGAGCCUGGCACUAACCAUACCCAAGGUCUUGGUUAGUAUCCAGUCCCUUUUAACAGACCCUUACUGUCGCGUCUGCAUGGAACAUGCGGUGGGCAGGAUGUAUGAGGAUGAUAGGGGAUAUUUUAACAUUGUCGCCAGAGACUGGACGAGGAAAUUCGCCCAGCUUCAUUAUCAGAAUCCCGAACUGAAGCCACAUACUGUAUGGUAGGAAUAGCAAGUAGUGUAGAAUGAUGGCUUAUUCUGACACUACUAAUAUAAAUAUUGACGAACAUUUCGGUGUCUAGAGGGGAAUUUCAAGACACAUUCUUCGAGAGAUUUGCAAGCUUCCAUGAAAUGUGCAUAUAAAAUACACCUAACCUCGAGUAUUUUUAUCAUCUCAUUUCUAAGAACCUUUGAAAAGAUAUUGUAACUAAUUUUGAAGAUUUUCCUUUGCACACUUUGUCUGAGUUAUUUCAGUUUUAUUGAUAUGCAAAUGUCCGGAAUUUACGUCACAUAUGAAUAAUGACUGAUCAAAGAAUGUAAGGUACAGUUAAAUAUCAUGAAAUAAAAAGGCUAAAUGGUGUUUUACAAAGGUAUAUGUAAUCCUCCCACAACUCCAAACUUCAUUUUAAUGAAUUAAACUCGGUAGUGAAUACGAUAUAAAAGUAUGCAUUUGUGACGUAAAUUCCGGAUAUUUGCAUACCAAACAAACUGAAAUAUCUCAAAAACAAAGUGAGCAAACGAAAAUCUUCAAAAUAGGUUAUUAUAUCAUUUCAGAAGUUUUUAAGAGUGAAAUGAUUAAAAAGAUUUCUAAUCUCAAACCCUGGUUCCAAAUGCACCCUUCACGGAAGCUCGCAAAUGGUAAUAACAAAAUGGAAUUGGCCAUUUGUCGUUGCGUUGGAGUCAUAGAUAUCUUAUAUAAACUAGAUAGCGCAUCUCUUUGGUAAAAUUGAAGCCAAGAAUAUUCCAGCGGUUACCCCCAUUCGCUAAUAAACGCUUAAAAAACAACAAUAACUUUAAUCAUUUGAAUAGUUUGAAAAUGUAUUUGGAAUAGGUUUAACUUAAUGUGUAAGUUCCCUGUUUAAGAAAUAGAAAACAUACGAGUCUUCUCAUUUCAUGGGAAUAUCCCGAGUCUGCAAUCACGGCUUCAAUUUUUGAAUUGCAGAAUAAUAUGAUGCACUAUCUAGUGUAUAUAAGAUAUCUAUGGUUGGAGUACGUACAGAUUUUGUAAUCUAUUUGUAGAUAUAUAUUAGCUACUUAGCUAUUUUAAAGUUGAUGAACAGGCUUAGCAACGCGUGUUCAAAAGUAACAAUAUGAGGAAAUGAACAUUUGAAUAAAUACCGUAUAUGGAACACUAAGCUUUAACCAAUUGCGAAAAUUACUAUGGGUUUUGAAGCGUCCCCAUACGAGGUGGAAAAUUCGGUGCCAAAAAUAAUGACCGCUACCUUAGGGCUAAAGAUUUUCAGCAAAAGACUAUGUGACAUUAUCGGGAUCUGUCUUUUUACUUUACAUGAAGCAAUAUAUCUUUAAGACUGAUAUGGCAUACAAGAUAAACCCUGUAGUAAUUAUGUCUUGCAGGAUUAAAAACAAAUUUCCUAUUGCAGACUAUAAGAAUAUUUUCGUUCCGAACCAUUCCGCUGUAAUUUAGGUAUCGAGUAAGUUAGACCAUUUGGUAUUCAAUCAUUUCAAUACUCGGGUAUUUUGUUACUUUUUAACCCUGGAUCCCCGGUCUGCUCAUCAAUUUUGGAAUGGCAAAUAAAUGUAACAGGUUUAGUAUAUAUAGCGCUGGGAUUUUUUUGUUUUUUAAUCGUGUGCUUAAAGCAAGAACGUACCAAACCAUAGAAUGUAAUUUUUCACGUGUGAAGUUAUAGAAAAAUAUGAGGUGAUAUUCUGGAUUUGUUUAUGUAAUGUAUAUAGCGCUGGGAUUUUUUUGUUUUUUAAUCGUGUGCUUAAAGCAAGAACGUACCAAACCAUAGAAUGUAAUUUUUCACGUGUGAAGUUAUAGAAAAAUAUGAGGUGAUAUUCUGGAUUUGUUUAUGUAAUGUAUAUAGCGCUGGGAUUUUUUUGUUUUUUAAUCGUGUGCUUAAAGCAAGAACGUACCAAACCAUAGAAUGUAAUUUUUCACGUGUGAAGUUAUAGAAAAAUAUGAGGUGAUAUUCUGGAUUUGUUUAUGUAAUGUAUAUAGCGCUGGGAUUUUUUUGUUUUUUAAUCGUGUGCUUAAAGCAAGAACGUACCAAACCAUAGAAUGUAAUUUUUCACGUGUGAAGUUAUAGAAAAAUAUGAGGUGAUAUUCUGGAUUUGUUUAUGUAAUGUAUAUAGCGCUGGGAUUUUUUUGUUUUUUAAUCGUGUGCUUAAAGCAAGAACGUACCAAACCAUAGAAUGUAAUUUUUCACGUGUGAAGUUAUAGAAAAAUAUGAGGUGAUAUUCUGGAUUUGUUUACGUAAUGUCAGAAUUUAAAGUAGAUAAUCUGUACUUUUUCAAUGGCGAUUGAAACGGUUAAAAGCUAUAUAAUUUCCACUCAGGAAUCGAAAAUUAUCCGUGGAUUGGAACGGACCAGAAAAAUUUUCUUUGUGUUAAAGUCAUUAGUUCCAACCCAGAGCUCACAAGACAAAGAAAAAUUUUCUUGUCCGUUCCAAUCCACGGGAUACUAGUUUUCCUGAGUGGAAAUUAGGCAUAGGUUGUAUACGUUUCAAGCACGGUCGCAUACGCUGGUAUACGCUGGCAUACGGCGAGGCAGAAAAUUGUUUUUAAGCAUGCUCAAAAAUUUUGUGCGUAUUCGGACGUAUGCUUUAUACGAUAAGCAUACUCUAUAGGCACACGCUGAAUACGCUAGAGGUACGCCAGAUGUACUGUACUCAUACGCUGGCAUUUCAAAGGAUUUUUGUGCG